GGGCUUUACGUGACGACUGAAAGAGGAGGCAACACUUGUGAACGGAGGCGCAGCGCUGCAGGACAGUUCAGCAGAGCAGAGCGGAGAGGAGCUGUGCGGGAGAGACGGGCGCCCAUCCGUCAAAUAGCUGGAGGAACGCACACUAACAAACCCUUAUGGCUGCUUGAGAAAUAACGAUACACCCCCCCUCCCCCUUUUUCUCUUUCUCUGGGACUUUUGGCUUUUUAGUAUUGUCCUGACCAGAAGUUGUUGCAAAUCUAAUUAGUUGCUCCAAGUUGAAAAGUGAAUCCACUUGCCGUGGACGUCUCUGGCGGUCAUGGAUACCCAUAUAAGAUGGAAAGUUAAACGGAGGAUAAGGGACGCCCAAAUCACUUUAGCGGUGAUUCUGCUUUUUGUCAUAUCGCAAACAAGUUCAGCGGAACCCGCAGACCUCUUGAAGAUUUUAGAUUUUCACAGUUUACCUGAGGGUGUUACAAAAACAACGGGUUUCUGCUCACAUAGGAGGUCAACACAAGGACCCGAUGUGGCUUACAGAGUAUCCAAAGACGCCCAGCUCAGCGCCCCCACCAAACAGCUGUAUUCAGGUGAUGUGUUCCCAGAGGACUUUUCCAUCUUGGCCACAGUGAAGCCUAAGAAGGGCAGCCAGUCCUUCCUGUUGUCUGUGUACAAUGAACAGGGCAUCCAGCAGCUUGGACUGGAAGUGGGACGCUCUCCUGUGUUCCUGUACGAGGACCAUACAGGCAAACCCAGCCCUGAGGACUAUCCCCUCUUCAGAGGAGUCAACCUAGCUGACGGAAAAUGGCAUCGAGUGGCCAUCAGUGUGCACAAGCAGACCAUCACCCUCAUUCUGGACUGUAAAAAGAAGACCACCCAGAAGCUGCUCCGAAGCCCUAACCCCAUCAUUGAUACCAAGGGAAUUAUAGUGUUUGGAACUAGAAUACUUGAUGAAGAAGUCUUUGAGGGAGACAUCCAGCAGCUAAUGAUUGUAGCAGACCAUCGUGCUGCCUAUGACUACUGUGAGCACUACAGCCCCGACUGCGAAGUGCCAGUGCCCGACCGGCCUCAGAACCAGGACCCCAACACAGAUGAAUAUAACACAGAGGAGGACAGCUACUAUUAUGAAUACCCUUACUAUGAGGACGGGGAUGGCAAGCCUUAUGAAUCAACACCUGAUACUGAGACAACCACAAAAGAAGUCAAGGUAACAGAUGGAGACAGUGUGUUGACCACAGUGGAGGAGGCUUUGAGCGGCGGUUCUGACAGCACCGGCGGCGAAGUCUUGACCUCCAUUUCCACUAGCUCAUCCUCUGGUACAUCCUCCAGCUCAUCCAGCAGCUCCUCAGCGGGCUCUUCAGGUACUGCCACGGGCGGAGGAGAUGCUUACGGCGAGGAGACCAACCCUUACGACAGCUACGACAGCUAUGGUCACUACGAAACCUAUUACGACGAGUCCACAGCAUCACCUGAUGGGGAUACCUCUCGACGUGUUACCAUCACCAGCAUUGGUACCGGGGAUGAGCUGGAUCUUGGAGCAGGGGGAACGACUGACUUGGAUGCAGGGACCAGAAGGACGGUCAUCACCAGUGGAGUAGGAACUUCAGUAACCAUCUCCAGCAAUAAGACAUCAGUAGGAGGUUCCUACGAUGACUACGGUGAUGGAUAUGAUUAUGGCGUGGACAUCACUGGUGCAGGCGGUGGCGGCAGCAGUACAGUUCACAUUGGUGGUGGAGGAGGCAGUAGCAGCAGCAGUACAGUCCACAUUGGUGGUGGAGGAGGCAGUAGCAGCAGCAGCAGUACAGUCCACAUUGGAGGUGGAGGAGGCGGCGGCAGCAGCAGCAGUUCUACCAUCACCAUCGGGGGCGGGUCUGCUGGAGCUGGUUCUGCCUCUGAGGGAGGAUCUUCCACCACUGGAGGUGGAUCGGCCAGUGCUGGCACCGGAGCAGGGGGCUCCAUCACCACCGGAACGGGCCUGGGCUUAGAUGGCAAGGGUGACUACACAGAUCUGGAUGGGUUCAAGGAGGAGCACAUCUCCGACUAUGAUGAUUUAGACAUCUUUGACCACUAUGAAGACGGGGAUUAUGACGACAAAGAGGGCAAAGUGCUACCUGCUGAGACCGAUAGGUCUUAUGAACAGGUCGACGGAGUUCGCGGCGAGAAGGGACAGAAGGGAGAGCCUGCUGUUAUUGAGCCUGGAAUGUUAGUGGAGGGUCCGCCUGGGCCUGAAGGGCCAACAGGUCUCCCCGGACCCCCAGGUUCUUCUGGCCCACCAGGCAGCCCUGGAGAUUCUGGAGAGAGGGGUCCUCCGGGUCGUCCUGGUCUUCCUGGUGCUGAUGGUCUACCAGGACCCCCUGGAACUCUCCUGAUGCUGCCUUUCAGAUUCAGCGCUGGAGGUGACUCUGGACAGAAGGGACCUGCGGUAUCAGCACAGGAGGCCCAGAUGCAAGCCAUCAUGCAGCAGGCUAGGCUGGCUAUGCGUGGUCCUACAGGUCCAAUGGGUUUGACUGGAAGAACUGGCCCUCUGGGUCCUCCUGGUGUAGCAGGACUGAAGGGAGAGUCUGGAGAAGCAGGUCCUCAGGGACCACGUGGACCUUUGGGAUCCCCUGGACCCCCUGGAAAGCCUGGCAGAAGGGGUCGUUCUGGAUCCGACGGUGCCAGGGGCAUGCCAGGACAGUCUGGAACCAAGGGAGACAGAGGGUUUGAUGGUCUGGCUGGACUUCCUGGUGAAAAGGGACACAGAGGUGAACCUGGGCCCUCUGGACCUCCUGGCGGUCCUGGAGAGGAUGGAGAAAGGGGAGAUGAUGGAGAGAUUGGACCCAGGGGACUUCCUGGUGAACCAGGGCCCCGUGGUUUGCUGGGACCGAAAGGACCUCAGGGACCUCCUGGACCCCCUGGCGUUACUGGAAUGGAUGGCCACCCUGGACCCAAAGGAAACAUAGGACCUCAAGGAGAGCCAGGACCUCCUGGACAGCAAGGCAACCCAGGUGCCCAGGGACUUCCAGGGCCACAAGGAGCCAUCGGACCUCCAGGAGAGAAGGGUCCUACUGGAAAGCCAGGCUUGCCAGGAAUGCCAGGAGCUGAUGGUCCACCGGGUCACCCUGGAAAGGAGGGGCCUCAUGGAGAGAAAGGACACUUGGGCCCUGCUGGCCCUCAAGGACCCAUUGGUUAUCCUGGGCCCCGAGGUGUGAAGGGAGCCGACGGUGUACGCGGCCUUAAAGGAACCAAGGGUGAAAAGGGAGAAGAUGGCUUCCCUGGCUUCAAGGGAGAUAUGGGUAUCAAGGGCGACAGGGGAGAGCUUGGAUCAGCAGGACCCAGAGGAGAAGAUGGUCCAGAGGGACCAAAGGGUCGCUCAGGUCUCCCAGGAGAUGCUGGUCCUCUUGGCCCAACUGGUGAGAAGGGUAAACUUGGAGUUCCCGGAUUGCCAGGAUACCCAGGAAGACAAGGACCAAAGGGAUCUCAGGGUUUCCAAGGUUUCCCUGGCGCCAAUGGAGAGAAAGGAACUCGGGGAACAGCAGGAAAGUCUGGCCCACGCGGACAGAGAGGACCAACGGGGCCUCGAGGAGAGAGAGGACCAAGAGGACAAACAGGAAAAGCUGGACCAAAGGGUAACUCAGGAAAUGAUGGCCCACCAGGACCUCCCGGUGAGAGGGGUCUGCCAGGGCCUCAGGGACCAACAGGUUUCCCAGGACCAAAGGGCCCUCCUGGACCUGCAGGGAAAGAUGGACUGCCUGGACAUCCUGGACAGAGAGGAGAGACUGGAUUCCAAGGCAAGACCGGCCCUCCUGGUCCUCCAGGCGUGGUUGGACCUCAGGGACCAACAGGUGAGACUGGACCAAUGGGAGAUCGGGGCCACCCUGGACCCCCAGGCCCACCUGGUGAGCAGGGUCUACCUGGAGCUGCAGGGAAAGAAGGAGCCAAGGGUGACCCAGGUCCUGCUGGCCCAGCAGGUAAGGAUGGCCCUCCUGGGCCAAGAGGUUUCCCUGGAGAGAGAGGUCUGCCUGGCCCUGUGGGGGCUCACGGCCUGAAAGGGAAUGAGGGUCCACACGGCCCACCUGGCCCUGCUGGUUCACCUGGUGAGCGUGGUCCUGCUGGUCCAGCUGGACCUACAGGUCUCCCUGGACGUCCUGGCCCCCAGGGACCUCCAGGCCCUGCUGGAGAGAAAGGUGGACCGGGAGAGAAAGGACCUCAAGGCCCAGCUGGAAGAGAUGGUAUUCAGGGACCUGUGGGUCUGCCAGGACCUGGAGGACCUCCUGGACCACCUGGAGAGGAUGGAGACAAGGGAGAGCUUGGAGAGCCAGGCCAGAAAGGAAGCAAGGGUGACAAAGGAGAACAUGGUCCACCUGGUCCUACCGGCCCUCAAGGACCUGUUGGAGCACCCGGUCCUGCUGGUGCAGAUGGUGAGCCUGGUCCCAGAGGUCAGCAGGGUCUGUUUGGCCAAAAGGGAGAUGAAGGAUCAAGAGGAUUCCCUGGACCUCCAGGCCCAGUUGGGCUGCAGGGCCUGCCUGGUCCACCUGGUGAGAAAGGUGAAACUGGAGACGUUGGUCAGAUGGGUCCACCAGGCCCCCCUGGUCCCAGAGGCCCCUCAGGACCCCCAGGAGCUGAUGGUCCUCAGGGACCUCCUGGUGGUAUUGGAAACCCUGGUGCUGUUGGAGAAAAGGGAGAUGCUGGUGAAACAGGAGAGCCAGGUCUUCAGGGAGAAGUUGGCCCACCAGGCUCAAGAGGAGAGCGAGGAGAAAAGGGAGAGGCCGGUCCAGCUGGUGCAGCUGGACCUCCUGGCCCUAAGGGUCCCCCUGGAGAUGAUGGUCCCAAAGGCAGCCCCGGUCCAAGUGGUUUCCCCGGUGACCCUGGCCCCCCUGGAGAGCCCGGUCCAGCUGGGUUAGACGGUCCAGCUGGUGACAAGGGAGAUGAUGGAGAGGCUGGUCAGCCUGGUUCUCCUGGACCCACUGGAGAGUCUGGUCCCUCCGGACCACCAGGAAAGAGAGGACCCCCUGGAGUAGCAGGACCUGAGGGAAGACAAGGGGAGAAGGGAGCCAAGGGAGAGCCUGGCUUGGAAGGUCCCCAAGGAAAGACAGGUCCUGUUGGUCCUCAAGGAUCACCUGGCAAGCCUGGUUCUGAAGGCCUCAGGGGUAUCCCUGGCCCAGUUGGAGAGCAAGGUCUACCUGGUCCUCCAGGCCCAGAUGGACCUCCUGGACCUAUGGGUCCUCCUGGUUUACCUGGUUUGAAAGGAGACUCUGGUGUCAAAGGAGAAAAGGGCCAUCCGGGUCUUAUUGGUCUUAUCGGACCCCCAGGUGAACAGGGAGAAAAAGGUGACAGAGGUCUUCCUGGUCCUUCAGGAUCACCUGGUUCCAAAGGAGACAAUGGUAUUGCUGGUCCCUCAGGUCCACUUGGUCCCCUUGGUCCUCCUGGAUUACCUGGUCCUCCUGGUCCCAAAGGAGCUAAAGGGUCAUCGGGUCAAACUGGACCAAAGGGAGAGACUGGUACACCUGGACCCCCUGGCCUUCCUGGCCCUCCUGGCGAAGUUAUCCACCCACUCCCCAUCCAGUCUAACAUGAAGGGCAGAACUCGUAGGAACAUCGAUGCCAGCCAGGUGAUGGACGACGCAGCCGCGGAUGCCAACUACAAGGAUUACGAUGACGGCAUGGAGGAAAUCUUUGGCUCGCUCAACUCCCUUAAGCUAGAGAUCGAGCAGAUGAAGCACCCACUGGGCACACAGAGCAACCCUGCUCGUACCUGCAAGGACCUGCAGCUCUGCCAUCCUGAUUUCCCUGAUGGUGAGUACUGGAUUGAUCCAAACCAGGGCUGCUCUCGGGACUCCUUCAAGGUUUACUGCAACUUCACAGCAGGCGGAGAGAGCUGCAUCUUCCCAGAUAAGAAGUCUGAAGGGGCUAGGCUCAUAUCCUGGGUAAAGGAGAAUCCCGGCUCCUGGUUCAGUGAAUUCAAACGUGGUAAACUGCUCUCCUACAUGGAUGCGGAGGGCAACCCUAUCGGCGUGGUCCAGAUGACUUUCUUGCGGUUGCUGAGCGCAGCAGCCAGACAGAACAUGACAUACAACUGCUACCAGUCGGUGGCCUGGCAUGACCAGGAUCUGGACAACUACGACAAGGCCAUCCGCUUCCUGGGCUCCAACGAUGAGGAGAUGUCUUAUGAUAACAACCCCUACAUUCGCGCUCUGGUCGAUGGCUGUGCGUUGAAAAAGGGCUAUGAAAAGACAGUACUUGAGAUCAACACACCAAAGGUGGAACAGGUGCCAUUUGUGGACAUCAUGUUCAACGAUUUUGGCGGUUCCACACAGAAGUUUGGAUUUGAAGUGGGCCCUGUCUGUUUCAUCGGCUAAGACUGUUUCCUGAGCAAAUGGAGAAAAAAAGCAUAUAUUUGUUUUCUCAGAAAAAAAAACAAUUGAAAAAGAAUAGGACAAUUCUAUUUGUAAAAAAAAGUAACUUUUUUUCCAUAAAGCAACAAGUAUGAGUAAAAUGAAAUCAAGUUGAGAAUACAGUGAAAUUCUAUAGGAAUAGAGGAAAACAAAAUAACCUUGAAACCUCAGUGUGCCUUCUCCAUCACAUGCAAGUUUUGAAACUGGAUGUCAGAUCCUGUCUCCUACACAACACACUCGCAUGCACACAACUCUAGCCCCAUGUCAUCACACUUGAUUUAGUCUUUUUUUUUUUUUUUAACCCAAACAACGAAGGCAACCCUGAGAGCUGCAGCCGUUCCAGACGGUCGCAGUAUUUGCCAUGGACUCCAUCUGAUUUGGCUCUUUGCUUUUCUUCAGUUCUGAUCUCAUGUUUUCCCUCAUCUCCCUGGCUUUUUCCACUUGUCUUUUGUUGGUUUGUUUGCUCAUUCACUACGGGAGCUUUGUUUGUGCAUAAUUGUCUCCCCAUUCUCUUGGAAUGGAUCUUAUAUAUAUAAAUAUAUAUAAAUAAUUUUUAUGUUUGUAAGUACAUUCUGUAUAUUUUUCCUGGUAAUGUUUAUUGCUUCUGGCUUCAAAACAUGCAUGUGACUUUAUUAAUUGUGAGGUAGGAGACGGUGGAUACAAGGAUAACAUCUAAAUUGUAGAAAUAUAUCGAAAGUGAGGAAAUUUGACUUGUAAAUUGAAAAACAAAACAAAAAUUGGUAAGUCCUGUCUUGUUGCAGUUGUGGAGCACACCUUGUUGUAAUUUAAGAACAGAAUGGAAAUAAAAGACGAAAACAAGCUCUGUGAUAUUAUGUGACAGUUUAAUUUGCAUAACGAACAAAAAAUAAUACAUUCCUCCUUUUGUGCCCUCUGAACAGAACACCUAUCUUGGUGGCAAUAUCAUUAACUUAAUAAACAGCUUCUGUUUUCUUUCCUCAAAUACUCAUCUAUCUGACUAUGCAUUGGGAGAUGAUGUCACAUUUUAAUGAAAACACAAAGAAAUCAAAACAUAGGUGCUAUUUUCUUUCUUCUGUGGUGCUAUGUAUUUUUCUAGUUUUUGUUGUUUGAAUGAAAGGAAAUUUGUGGUGAUAAUAUUCCAUCACCAGCAGCCCCUUGACUCUCUUGAUCACCACAUCUGACGCAGGUGGAUCUUUGCUGCAUCCGUUUUGUUUUGUUUUUUUGUUCAGCAGUGGUGUUUGCAUGCCAUUUCUCUACAUAUCCACUCGUCAGUGCAGCAUGGCGGCAUAUGUUAUCACCUGCUUCAGCGGACCGUACAGAUUAGAAACUUGCACCAAAUGUUGCAAUAACGAGAGGAAACUAAGAUGGUGCUAUUGGCUUUGCAUAUCAUUGCUCUAAGACGCUGCAUUUUGGCUCUUGCUGUUGGAUCAUCUGUGUCACAUCAAACUGAUGGAGUUAACAAGCGGACACGUAGUGAUUGGGCCGAAGCAUCCUAAGGGAUAUGGUCCAAAGUUUUGUUUGAUGUAUGAAACCCUAAACCCUUCCACCAAAGGUUUUCACGAAUAUAUUUUGCUUUAAGGGCCACGGUGGCUUGAAAUCAUAUUUUGUUGGGUUUUUUUUUUUGUUUGUUUGUUUUAAAAAAUGGGAAACAACUUGAAAAGUAUUUUUUCAUGGUUUAAUCACAGUAGAAGCAGGUCACCAAAUUAGCCAGAUGAAAGAGUUUGCUCAUGCAGCGUCAAAAAUUGCUUGUAGGUGUACUAUUUUUGCGCUUAUUGUAAUUAUGCUCUUUGUUCAAACUAUGCACUCUUAUGCUUAUGACCACUAGUAUCUACCACAGAAUUUUUACAGCCCUUCAUACAUAGGUUUGUUUCCUUUUUCUUUUUUUUUUUUAUCUUCAAACAUGUGACUUGAACCAUUUCUGUUAAGAUAACUCAAUAUGCUUGUAGAUCUUUGGCUUUAUUUUUCAUUGUGAUGCAGUACACCCAAAUUUAACACUUUGCUCUCAAUAAAAAGGACAAACAAAUUUUUGUAAAUUUCCAGAACCAGCAGUGAUGCUGCCAUUGUCUUUGUUUCGUUUUUGUUUUAUUUUGUAGAUUGCCGUUUAUCUGUUUGUUUGUUUUCACAGUCUUGUCAAACCUGUGUAAGGAUAAGAGGAUAAAAGUUAUAUUGGUUUUCAUGUCAAUAAAUUCAAGUUUACUGUGGCCAUCCACUCUUGUAUGUCUUUUGAAGCAUUAAAACCUAUCUGUAUGCAUGAAAUUGUAAAGUUUUUUCUCUUGUUGUUAUAAUUGUGUAGAGUGACAUGAUCUCCAGUCCACGUUUUAUUCAUCAGGAUACAUCCGUUUUUUCAAUGGUCAUGUCCACAAUUGUGAAGUGGAGAGAAAAUGAUGAACUUGUAACUCUACCAAAGCCAAUGUUCGUUUGUAGUAUAUUUAUUGUAUUAUUUAAAAUAAAAAAAUAAAUGUUAAAUGAUACCAUA